UAGCCUUGAGCCAGGCUGCUUUGCCAAACCAGGUAAUUCCUCCAGUGUGGAUGCAGCUUUUGUUUACCAAACACACAGCAGUGAUAAUGCAGUGUGUUUUUUCCUAUUGGAUGCCCUGCCAUAGGACCGCCAAGGCUCUAUUUACUACAAUUGGUCCGGAUGGAGAGGAGCCACAGUCACUUGGCCUCUACUGUCCAGGGGUUUUGGGGCGGGUGGACCAUGUUCCUCACACAACCGUUUGUGAUGGAGCGGAAGUGCUUGGGUUGUGCUGGCGAGCAAAUCCGCAACGGAGCCCAAGGUGCCUGCCCUGCUCCCGGAAUACCUUUAUUUAUUGGUGCCAGCCGCUUGGACGGACCCAGUGGCCUGCUUGGCAUCAGUAGUAUUUUACUUGGUGCAAAACGUAGCCCAUGAUGCCUUCUGACUUCACACAGUGUGCAAACUCUGUGUCUAGGUUUAAUCCUUCUUGGUGGUUUUUGUAGCACCAGCAGCAGCAUGCCUUCCUUCCACAUUGCGGUGCCCAGGAUUUGACACGGUUGGAAGUAGAGGCUUUUUGGAUUGUUUACACUUGGUUGCAGGGUUAACCGUAGUAGAGCAUGGGAAAGAGUUUCCUGAACCAAAGUUGUAGUAGAAAGGGCCUGUUUUGGGAAGGGACUGGGAGGAAGCGAGAGGAGUGCUCUGUUUUGUGUUUAUAUGCCAAUAGUGUACCCCCGUCGACGCCGUUUUUGCUGAUCCAGAUCCAUUUGCACAUGCAAAUUACAACUUUGCUGCAUUGAACAAAUGAUUUAAUACACGCAAGUUGGCAGGAGAAGUUCUUGGCGAUGAUAUCUGACAUGAUAGUCAUCAGAUGUUUCCUCGAUGUGGAAGAAGGAAGGGCAGCCGAGUGGCUUUGAUGGUGCCUUAAUGAGGGCUGUAUCUCGAUGGCAGGAGAAGGAACACCCUUGAGCUUCACCAUUCCUGCCUGUAAUGAGCAUUGCUUCAAUACAAACAAACGCUGCUUCAAUGAAGCGGGUGAUUUUCACACCUCCUUCUGAGCCACUAAAACCUGCCUCAAGGAAUGGCUUUUACAAAUGCAGUCAGCAUGGGUUUGCACACACCGACUUGGCUUAGGAUGAUGUGGAGAUAAGUGAUCCUCGCUGGGCGCCAGAGACGCCUGGCAAACUCUUUCUACAGUGCUGUCAUCUCAUGUUUUCAGUGUAUUUCCUGUAGCCUUCAUUUUAUUGCUGUUCAGUUGUAAACAGUGCAGAGUUUUCAAAGGGUUUCCCUCUUAAUGAUAUUAAGAUGUUUGUGCAUCAAAUCCAAACAGUUUAUGGAAAACUUAUUCUUUGUUGCUGUAGAAAGUUUGGGAAAUCAAUGCUUGGAAAAGCGGGUUCUGUCUGCCCCAGAAAUGGGGGGGAGGGGGCUAAAAGAUGCGCUGUUUUACUUGGAGGCUGAUCCAUGCAUGCAAUAUUAGUGGGUCCUCCUUUUCAGUCUGUUGCUAAGGGUGCAUAUGUCCUGGGACUCAUCUUUGACUUGUCAUAUCCGUCAGUACCAAAUCGUUGCAUUUGUUAUGUCUAAACAAUAAUUUUGGUUCAGAAGAAUAUCAACAUGCUGGAAACCCAAAUAAGAGUUUAAGGGGAAAGUGUCAGUCUGAUGUCUUGGCAUGAAAUGCUUGGAGGUCUAGCUGACCAGGUGCUUGGGAGAAGCAGCAACCUCUUUUCCAAGUAAGGUAGGGAUGGGCUGAAAAACCUUCCAUUGCCUUUGUGGCCAAGCAGGGCUGUCCUACGCUCCAGGAGCUGAGAUGGUUGCAACCUGACCAGUGAGCCAGAGGCCUUGGAUGAAGAGAGAACAAUGCUGACAUGAGGAAAUAGCUUUCCAAUUAUGAUGCUUGAAUCUGACUCAGACAUGAAGUAUCCAAGUUGCUCUUCCAGACUUGUGGCUUUGUCUCUUCCUUGCCCUCCAGCAAUGGGAUUGGUCUUGCUCUCUGCCCUAACUUUGGCCAUGACCCUCUUGCCUAAGACACAGCUUUACAUGUGAUACCAACAAAAUGAGGCUGAGAACGCGGAAAGCUUCUCAGCAGUCGAAUCAGAACCAUACGCAGCAGCGUACCUUGAGGGUGAAGCGGAAGUACUCAGAGGUGGAAGAGAGCCUACCUGUCGGCGGAGGGAAGCCUCAGAAGAAUGAAACUGGCUUAUUAUCAUCAAUAAAAAAGUUCAUCAAAGGAAGCACCCCAAAAGAUGAAAAAGAACACCCUGCAAAGCGAAGUAGAAUUGAGCGCGAUAUAGAUGACGACUUGAUCACAUCCACGCCUCGAACAGGAGACAAACCUAACAAACCGCUCUCUCGAGUGCGGAGGAAAAGCCAAGUGAAUGGAGAAGCUGGGAAUUUUGAAAUGACAAACCAGCAUGUCAGGCAAAAUGGGAAGUUGGAAGAUAAUCCCACCACCGGCAGCCCCCCACGGACUACGUUACUGGGGACCAUAUUCUCUCCUGUCUUCAACUUUUUCUCACCAGCAAAUAAAAAUGGUACAGCUGGCUCAGACUCUCCAGGACAAGCUGUCGAAGCCGAAGAAAUCGUGAAGCAGCUUGACAUGGAGCAGGUGGACGAAAUCAUCACCAGCACUGCAGCUUCCGCCAACGGAGCGUCUUACACUAGCCAAGCGCUGCAAGUCAGGUCGACAAUCAACAACGGCUUGGAGGAAGUGGAAGAUGGGACCGACCGUGAUCUGCCUCCUCUCACUGCGCCAGUGUCUCCAGACAGUGGCUACUCAUCCGCUCACGCAGAAGCCACCUAUGAAGAAGACUGGGAAGUCUUUGAUCCGUACUACUUCAUCAAACACGUUCCCCCAUUAACAGAAGAACAACUUAACCGAAAGCCUGCUCUUCCACUGAAAACGAGAAGCACACCAGAAUUUUCUUUAGUUCUAGACUUGGAUGAAACUCUGGUCCACUGCAGCCUAAAUGAGCUAGAAGACGCUGCGCUCACCUUCCCAGUCCUUUUCCAAGAUGUCAUUUACCAGGUCUAUGUACGAUUAAGACCGUUCUUCAGAGAAUUCUUGGAGCGCAUGUCUCAGAUCUAUGAGAUCAUUCUUUUUACCGCUUCUAAGAAAGUCUACGCAGACAAAUUGCUGAACAUCCUGGACCCCAAGAAGCAGCUGGUGAGGCAUCGACUUUUCCGUGAGCAUUGUGUUUGUGUGCAAGGAAACUACAUAAAGGAUUUAAAUAUUCUCGGCAGAGAUCUCUCCAAAACGAUCAUUAUUGACAAUUCACCACAAGCCUUUGCCUAUCAGCUUUCAAAUGGGAUUCCAAUAGAGAGCUGGUUCAUGGAUAAAAAUGACAACGAACUCCUCAAACUGAUUCCUUUUCUGGAGAAACUUGUAGAGCUGAACGAAGAUGUGCGGCCCCACAUCCGAGACAGAUUUCGCUUGCACGACUUGCUGCCCCCGGAUUAAUGCGCGGCGGCAGCGGCAGCGGCAGUGGCGCCUUUGCCAGAGAGCUCAAGAGGAAGAAAACGCAGGACACUUCUCUUUUUUCGUUUCUCUUUUUGGACUGAGACAAAAACAUUGCCAUUACUGUUGAAAUUUUUGCAUUUUUGUACCCCAUCGUCUUGCUUUUCUUACCUCUGGCGCCCGACGACGACCGAGGGCCACAGAAGGACUUCAUGUAUCGCCAAACGGGAAUACAUACAGUACAAUGCCGUAGGUAGGCUAGGACAGGAGCGUCUUUAGAACGGGCGCAACUCCGGUUUGUGUUUUGGGGCUUUUGGGGGGUCUUUUUUUUAAAUGUACAGAACAUCUGCCGUUUUUAAGGAAUUCUGUUUCUGCCACCAGCAGUUUGACCUAUAAAAAACACAGGAUUUUACGAUAUAAUAACAGAGACUGAAAAUGGACUCUUGCUUUUUCUCUCUGUUCGGUGCUCUCUAAGUGGGUUUGCAGCCACUUUGCGUUCCUUUUCGGAUUCUCAUUUCAACAGGAAUGGCCAGUAAAUGUGGUUUUCCCCCUCCAUUUCCCCCGUUAAGGUUUAGAACCUCCUUACAUUUUUUGACCUGUAUUAGAUCUUAGAAUUUCAUUAUGCAUUCCUUUUUAGUUCAUAGUUUUCUGAGAAUAGCCGAGUUUUAUUAGUAUAUAUAUAUAUAUAUAUUUUUUACACACUAUGAAUUGACGGCCAUCUUUGUGUUUUCCCCGCUUCGUCUGCCUGCAUCUUGUAUAUUUGUUUAAAAACCAUACCUAGUUUUUAUUCCAUGUAAGUUUCAUUUAGAAAUCUGCGUUUAUAUAUAUAUAUAUAUAUAUAAUUAUUAUUAUUAUUAUUAUUAUUAUUAUUUGUUUUCUGUAAUAUUCUACUGUAGUGGAAAUCUUUUUCAGAAAAAAAUCAAGAGACUGGUUAGAUGAGAAGAAAUAUAAGAAUUACUAAUACACAGAAUAUUUAAACCAUUGUGAUGGCAUGUACCCUGGACAGAUGGCCUCUUGAUCAGCGGCGCACAAAGGCGCAUGGCAAGGACCCUUUCCAAGAUGGCUCUGUUUCCACAUCCUUAAAGCGGAGGAAGAGAAGGAGGGAAGCGCUUGCUUGGCCUUGGCGCAGUUUCAGUUACUGCUGCCUUCAGAGAGUCCUCCAGGAACAAAGUGCGGCGGGAGAGAGCAGUCCAGUUUCUGGAACCGUUGCGCUUGAGUCGGCCCCUCUGCCACGCAGUUUGUUGCGAGCAUUUUGGCGCAGUGGCGAUGCUGCCUCCGUGGUAACUAUGCAUCCCAAACCCAGCGGGCUCCUUAACACUCCUUUGCCGCCGGUGCAGCUGAUAUGCUAUCGCAGUGGUUUUUCUGUGCUGUAUGGAAAUGGUUUCCAAGCCUUGGCGUCCUCCGAUGCGGUUUGUACAAAGAGGCUGGUUAUUUUUUUAACGGAGCGUAAUCUCCUUUUUAGGAGGAGGCUUUUUAUGGAAGGGGCAAAAAGAAAUUUGUAAAGGUUGGUGAGCUUUGCCUCCGAAACCCGCAUCGCGAUGCCUCCGGUUUGGGCUGUUUUCGUGUAAAGGAUGUUGCAGAACGGCACUUUUUUCUAAAGAGAAGUUUGAUAUUUUGUAUGCUUGUUAAAGAAAGUACAGUAUUGGGAAAUUAAAGGCGGACAACUGAUAAUUGAGAAGUAUGUCAAUUAAUUUUUUAAUGUAUAUUUACCUGUUUACUUGUACAAAUGACCCGCAGCUUCAUUUUCAAAUGAGUCCUUAAAAUAAGGAGAAUCUUUUUAGGAGAACACUUAAUUUUUGUAUCUUUUGCUUUGAAAGAAAGGCAUGAUGGUUCUGGCGACUCUUUUCCAAUCUAUGAAUGAAGAUUUUAACUUUUCAUCAGGUUGAGUGUUUUCUUACUAUCUUUCCUGUUGUAUCUGUAGCUAGCGCAUUGUGUCCCAGGACUGUUGAAGGGAAAGUGAGCAUGUCUUAGCGCAAGCCUGCUUUGCGGGGAACAAGGAUGACGGCGGGUUUUCCGCGCACACAAAUACGGAAAAGCGGACGCUAUCUCCUUUGUAUUUAAGAGAAAGGUAUUUUGCUUGCAGAGAAAUGCCGCAGGUCCGUUUUGAUGAGACUCUUUGAAAUGUAUUUAUCGUUCGGGGCACCUGGGCAUCUUGACGCUGUUUUGUCUUUUGACGUCUUUAUUGAAAUAAAAUGUACAUAACGUUG